CGCGAUGGCAACCUCCUCCGCGGUCGUGGACCCGUCGACGCGCUGUCACCUGUGCCCCCGUCCCUUUUCAGAACGACAUUCUCAAGUCCCCUCUGAUCAUCUUCGUGAUGGGCGGCCCAGGCUGCGGCAAAGGGACGCAGUGCAAGAACAUGGCGACCAAGUACGGCUUCUGCCACGUGGGGCUGGGCCAGCUGCUGCGGCAGGAGGCCCAGUGCAGCAGCUGGCGGGGCCGGAAGAUCCGUGACAUCAUGCUGCAGGGGCUCCUGGUGCCCACGGGUGUCAUCCUAGAUAUGAUCAGCGACAACAUGCUGUCCUGCCCGGAGAGCCGGGGCUUCCUCAUCGACGGCUUCCCCCGGGAGCUGAAGCAGGCUAAGGAGUUCGAGCGCAUCGUGGGCCGGGCCCCCAACAUCGUCAUCGUGUUUGACUGUUCCAUGGAGACGAUGGUCCAGAGAGCGCUGUGCCGGGGCCAGGUGGAGCGCCGGGCGGAUGACUGCGAGUCGGCCAUCCGCCAGCGCCUGGAGACGCACUACACCAUGAGCGAGCCCGUCCUGACCUUCUACCAGCAGAAGAACCUGCUCCGAAACAUCUUGGCAGAAGAAGCUCCAGAAAACAUUUUUGCUAAGUGCUGCUCCGUCAUCGAAAGCCUGCAGUGAGAGGCGAGGCGGUGGGGGCUCUGCCUCCCUGUCCCCUGGGGACCCGCACGGGGCUCAUCAGGGGGCACAGUGCCCGGGAGGUAAGACGUCUGGGGAGGGGACCCCGGGUUCUAAUCUGAGCCCACUGCCCAGGGGACCCCAGAGCGACAGCACCCCUCUUCCUGGCCCGACUGGAAGGCAGGCCACCAACAAACACUCCCAUGGGACACGUUGCUAACAAACUUGGAAGGUUGUGGGGGCUGCUGUGCACCCCGAUUCUCAGUGUGAAACCUCACUUGUAAGCGUUGCUAUUCAACCACAAGUCCAAAAUGAACACUCCAGUCACACGGGAUGCCUCCAGAUGACCGCGCCCGGGCCAGACAGCUCAGGUGGCCCCUCAGCUCCCUCUCCCAUCUCUCUCCUCGUCCUUGGGAGGCCAGGGCCUGCCAUCAGGCACUGGAACCGCACCAUUGCCAUGCACAGGCCAGGCUGCCACCUCAGGCUCGCUAAGGAAAUAGGCCACAGCCAGGUCGACUCCCGUGAGGCACGGCCUGGGUUUGCUGUGGUGGCAGACUGCAGCCAUGGGAACACCUGUCCCUGGGGAGCCCCUGGGUGCCUUGCUCCCCAAGUCCCCAGAGGGCUAAGGAGGGUGGGGGAAGGCUGCACCGCAGGGGCUCAGCCCGUUCCCUUCCUGCAGGGCAAGACCAGAAGGGGCAAGUCUCUGGGGGGCCAGACCCCACGUUCCUCGGCCAGCCUCGUUCCACUUCAACUCUAUGA